AUGUCGAAAAGCACCUCCAACAACAGAGCCAAACUGGCCAGCACAUCUUCCAACGAUGUGAAGUCCAAGAAAACAACGUCAUCAAACAACUUCAGUAACGGCAAAGUUGCCGGCAACAAAAACAUCAACAACAUCAAAACCACCAGCAACAACAACAACCUUAAAAACAACAACAACAACAACAUCAAUAACAACAACAACAAUGCCAACAAAGUCAACAUAAGCCAAAGCAUCAGCAUGAACUGCGUGCAAAAUGAUUCAAAAAAAGAAAACUGCACAGUUGGCGACUGUUUGAAUUGGCCAACAUCAACAAACAAGACACCUAAAACUACAACAGCCAAUGGAAAAAAAUGCGAUCGUAUUGUUUUUGAAAACGCCGAUGUUGGCAGCGGCCACAAAAGCCUCAAAAACGAUGACGACAACGACUGCUCGCUUAUCUCCUCAAAAAUGGAAAAUUUAUUCCUCGAUGACGACGACGAUGAAAAAAUUAUCUACUAUAGUAACGAUAACAACACCGAUGACAGCAAAACGAACAGCAAUAAUAAAUUAAAGCUAUCCACUAAGCCAGCCACUAAAACUCGCAACGGCAGCAUCAACAGAUCCCGAUUGAAAACGAAACCAACCUUGAAAACGACGCAGGACCCCCGAAUGGAGGACCUCAUCUCACAUCGCUUCCACAGAGAAAGCAAGCAGGAACGAGAACGCAUCGAAUCAGAAAAAGCGGCUCUGAAAAAACAAACCGAUGCCGAGAUGGCAUCACUUCUGAGGAAGAAGGCGAACCAGAAGUCCAACAAAACCUCUCAACUGCGUUCCAUCGCCAUUUCUAAAAAUCUGGAUUUCAGCGUCGGUAGCAGGAGUGGCGACGACUCGGGCUCCGAGUGGAAAAUGAGUCGCUUCAAAAAUGCCACUAGUAAGAUAAGCACUGUGAAUGCUCUGAAGAAUGAGACUAGAACUUCAAAAGAAAGAAAUGGAUUUCAGAAGACUGAACAGAAGAAAACAGAUAAAAGAAGCCAUAAAGAUGAAGAAAUCGAAAAUGAAACCAUUACAGGCCACGGGUACAAAGAUGAGUUGGGAUUUUCCAAUUUUGUCGAUGAUCCUGAUAAUGAUAUCGACGAUAUUCUCAAGCAAGCUUGCAAGGGAAACGAUGGUGAUAAUGGCGAUGACGUCAUCGUCAACAGCAACAAAAAUAAGUUCAUCUUCUUCAACGACGACGACGAUAAUGAUAACUACGCCGCUGAUAAUAGUGGUGACGAGUUCUCGCCCCCAUCUGGCCACCCAUACACGAGCAGGGGGGGUCGGGGUGGCUCUGAAGUGGAGGCAGGCCUUCAUGAGUCGUCUGCCUAUGAGGCUUUCAACAAACCAGGCUUAUUUCAGAUCUGA